AUGUAUUUUUCCUUUAGCUUUUUCAAUGCUCUUGUCAACGGUACGAAAUUUACAACUAUCGAAAACUUUCGUUUUGUAAUCGGAUCACAAUCUCCGAGCAAAUACUAUUUAAAAUGUGCAAAUUUCCGUAACAACUGUCGCGCUCGUGCUGUUAUACGCAAGGACACACUGGCUUUAAUAUUGCGACGGAAGCAUAAUCACACAGCAGAACAGCAAAAUUUUAAAAGAAACCGGCCCUAAACUUCCGGUUCAAUAUAUACGUUCACGUCGUGGAACGCAUCUUGUGCUAUAUGAAUUUAAUACAUACACUCCGAAUGAGAAAGUACGCGAUGGACGUUUUUCGAGAGAUUGGAAAUGCUCUAUGUAUCAUAAGGCGAAAUGUCGCGCUAGACUUGUAACAAAACACACAGUAACCGGCGAUGUAAUCCACGUAACUUCAGCCAUACAUACACACAAACCAAUGUACACUACUGCUGAA